CUGAGGCCCUGCAGAGGGUUCCCAGUACAUCCAGACUAACAGAACCACAGGGGUGGGGCACUGUUUGCUCCCAGUCCCCUAGAGGAGAGAACGGUCUGGUCCUUUCUGUAGCUCACCUGGACACCAAGGAGCUGAAAGGAUGUCUCUUCCCCGUCAGCUGCGAGACAAGAGUGACUUUGACCAGCUUCCAAAUGAGGUGCCUGUCUCCGCUAACAUUGCAGAUGCCCAAGAGAAGAGUGGCUUCACCAGUUACUAUGUGUUUGUCAUUGAGGUGAAGACAAAAGGAGGCGGCAGAUACUUGAUCUUCCGCCGCUACCGCCAGUUCUACGCCCUGCAUAGCAAGCUAGAGGAGAGAUAUGGGGCAGAGAAUAAAAGCAACACCUUUGCCUUCACCCUCCCCGUGUUGCCAGGAAAGGUUUAUGUUGGUGCGAAAAAGGAGAUUGCAGAGAGCCGGAUUCCUAUCCUCAAUAUUUACAUGAAGAAGCUGCUCUGCCUGCCCAGCUGGGUGCUGAUGGAUGAAGACCUGCGACUGUUUUUCUACCAGUCGGAGUUUGACUGCGAGCAGGUGCCGAAGGGGCUGCGGCGGCUUCGCCCACGCACUCGCCGAAUCAAAAGCAUUAUGCACCAGGAGCCUGGUUUUGACCGCAUGGCAGCCCCGCGGGCUGAGGCACUGUUUGACUUUCUUGGAACCAGUACACUGGAGUUGAACUUCAAGAAGGGAGACUUGAUCUAUCUACUCAGCAGGAUCAACAAAGAUUGGCUAGAGGGAACCGUCCACAAUGCCACCGGAAUCUUCCCAUGUGCUUUUGUGAAGAUCAUUCAAGACUUACCCCCGGAGGAGGGCACUAUCAAUUGGCUGCGCUGCUAUUACCAAGAUGACACUGUCAGCAUCAUCAGGGACAUAUCAGUGGAAGAGGACCUGAGCAGCACCCCAUUGUUCAAGGACCUUAUGUCAUUAAUGAGGAGAGAGUUUGACCGUGAUGACAUUGUUCUGAAUUACCGGGACUCAGAGGGUGACCUGAUCCGUCUGGUCUCUGACCAGGAUGUUGAACUCAUGGUGUCUCAGGGCAGGAGACGGCCCUCCGAGAAGCAUUUUUUCCCCUGGAAGUUGCACAUCACCCGCCAAGAUGACCUCAGUGUCUACAACACCAGCCCAGCAGGAGGCACUAGUCAGGCACUAGCAAUAAAAGGACAGUGACUGCCACAGGGAGCUGUUUCAACUGGUGGCUGCACCCCUCCAUCCACUGUACCGAUUUCUUUUAACUAGGCUUGAGACAGGCAACAAUCACAGCAGGAUAGAUACUGGUGCUCUGGGACAUGGAACAACCAGAACAAGUGGACCUACUUCUGCCUGAGAGCAGAAGUGCUGAGGUGUCAGGGGAGCCUGCAAGCCCUCAAAGACUAAUUGGACAUUGUUAGUAAAUGUUAGUAAGCUGGAUAUAAAUAAUUGUAACUGUGUGUCAGUGUUGGGUUUGAAGUGUUGUUUUGGCUGGGAAGAGAAGAUGUGCUAUUGUGGACUAUGUGCCUUUACGGGCUGAGCGCCCCAGCAUGAAAUCUGGGUGGAGCGCAGCAGAAGCUCCAACUGUUGUCAUGGGGCCGACUGGAACUGGUCAUGGAAUAAAGCAGAGCUCU